GAUCGUCGCGCGAGGCCGGAAGUGACAUCAUGACGUCGUCCAUAUACACACCAUAGCACGGCAAUCACGGCACACCAGCCAACACCAGCACACCUCGGCGUCCGCGAUCCAAAUCCAAGAUGUCUGCAGUCUCGCGAUAGUAACGCGUAUCUUUUGGACGAGCUCUGUUACGGGAGAAGUCGUGCGAGGGGCUAAUUUCCGGAAGCGAACGGCUCGGAGCCGUUCCGUCCGUCUGAGGGCCGAGGAAUCGGCGCCGCGCGACCGCGAUCCAUCGGCGUGCGACGCUGAAUUCGCGCGAGGAAUCGGGAGCGACGUCGAGAGUGAGAGAACGAGAAGGACAGAGUGAUAGAGAGAGGGAAAGAGAUAGUGAGAGCGCGGAGCGGGACGGAAAUCGAAAAGCAUCAACUCCGAGGUGCAUCAUCGCGUUCCAUUCGUUAGACACUCGUUCCAACUCGUUCGCGAGCCCACCUCAACGGCACCGAGGGGGAUCGGCAGCGUCGCCUCGACCUUUGCCGUCGUGAGCCGUCGUCGUCGACGGGCUUGUUCGCCGCGACGCCAACGUCCACCUGCACAGUUCGACGGCGAGACCGAAUCGAGACAGCGACGCUCCCCAAUGUCGGUCGCCAGCGUGGGUGACGACUCGGCCACGAUCCACGUCUGAGGUCCUGGAACGGGACACGAACGCUACCGCGAGAGUGCCGCGCAGCGCAGCAGAAUCAAAUCUAUAGGAGAAUUUCAGUGGGUAUGAAUUUUAGCGAUAGUCAAGAUGUCAAGUGACAGCGAUAACUUGUUCGAUACUUGUUCGAUACGCCAUCAUACUCACAAACGCAAAAAAAUUGUCAUAAGUGACAGUGAUAGCAGCGAUGAAUCUGUUAUUGUACAAACUCGAAGAAAGAAGAGAACACUUAGAGUUGUUAGCGAAGGAGAAAGUAGUAGUGAUGAUAGUGAUGUACCUAAGCCUGUGAUUAGACGACAAAACCAUAGAGUUAUUAGUGAGGAUGAAUCUAAUUAUGAUAGUAGCGCAGAAGGAAGCAAAUCUACUCAGAGCGAUAGCAGUAGCACAUCCGAAUGGCAAAGUAACUGGUCUAGUUCCGACGAAUUAGACGAGGAUAUCAAGAAAUAUAAUACUAAGCGUAAAGUUUUAUCUAAAACUAAAAAUGAGAAUGCCGAUAAACCUGGUUCUUCUUCGUCAACCAAUGUCAACGCCAACUCCGAUAGCAGCGAUGAUCAAUCAGAAAAGUGUUCUAUAUGUUUGCUACCAUUUAGAAAACAACAAGUUGGUACUCCGUCUGUAUGCGAUCAUUGCUUUUGCUUGGAAUGUUUAUUGGAAUGGAGUAAGAACAUUAAUACUUGUCCCGUGGAUCGUAUAUCCUUCACUACAAUCGUUGUUAAAGAUCAUUUUGAUGGCAAGGUCAUAAAUCAUUUACCAGUAGAAACUGUGCCACGUAUUGAAAAUCAAGUGUUGGACGAUCCAACAUUUUGCGAAAUAUGUCAUCAAAGUGACAGAGAAGAUCGAAUGUUACUUUGCGAUGACUGUGAUCGUGGCUAUCAUAUGGAAUGUUUAACACCUCCUAUAACGACAGUUCCUAUUGAAGAAUGGUAUUGUCCGGGGUGUACUCAAAGCAGUUCGACUAGAAGAACGUAUUUGUCGAGCUUUGUGCCAACUCUUAUAACGGGAAGAAACUCUAGUCGGUUUCUCCGUGAAAUAAGAAGGAACUUAAACAUAUUCCGUAAUAUACUUCCUCAUGUCAAUGAUCGUACGUACGUAUCUGCCACUCGCACUCGCAGAGUGCGCGAUCACGAUCCAACAAACAGUAUCGAGCAAUUUGUCGACCCGAAUCAGCCGUCUACUUCAUCCGGCCUCGACUCGAUUGGUGACAACAGUCGAAGUCGUUCGCCGAACACUAGCUUAGAAGGUAAUGUUUCUUCCACGCGUUCAAAUACAAAGUCCAAGACUAAAACGACGAAAAGGAAGAAGAAAAAACUCACGAAAAAUUCGAAGAAAAGCGGCAGUAAUUUAGUUCGAGAAGUACGAAUCAAAGAAUUCAAUCAUGAUGGCGAAGAGGAAGAAAUAGUGACGUAUGUCAAAGUCGCAUCGUCCACGUCGAGGAGGAAGUGUAAGAAAAGAACAAAGAAAACGCGCAAGAGGAGAAAAUACAAACGACGUGCGCGCAACGAAUCGUCCGUGCUGACUAGUACGCGAACAGUAAAACGAAGAUUGGCCUCUACACUCGGUAUGGAGAAGCCGAAGGUGCCGCUGCUUGUACCUACCAUGAAAAAUAACAUCUCUAUUCCUGAGAAAACUGUUCUCACGAACGCCAGAUACAGCGCCGGUAUACCUCAAGUCAGUCUCUUUGGAAAUAAUCUGGGAUUAGAUUACAGUCCACCUGGGUCGGAUGAUGACGAUGAAUAUUCCAUUGGGAUUGGAAAUGGUCCAAUAAUAACCGUACGACAACGACGAUCGGCAGUACCAUCGCUUAGACGUCGCGCCGUUUUAAAAACUAUCGUCGAUCCGAUCAACGAAGCGGAUAGUACUGGCAUAACAGAUUUACUGAGUAGCAUAAUGAGCAGUCAGGAGCUGUGGCACUCGACCAAGAAGAAGGACAACGUGAUCUUGAAGGCUAACGGUACGCUGAUGGUAAAUAAUCCUGAAAAGAAAAACAAGCACAGUAUCAAUAACAACGAGAGCCCGAAGAAGGAGAAGCAGGAUGAGGAGGAGGUUACGCGACGUGAUGAAGCAAUCCUGGAGGAAGUAGACACACCGUUGGAUCUGUCCAACAUUAAUUCCAACGAUAUCACGCAAGCGCCAAUGUACAACAAUCCCUGCGGCGGAGGUGGCGGUGGCGGUGGCGGAGGCGGUAACCGAGGCAACUUCCGGGGUAGUUAUGGCCGUGACAACGGCCGACACGGGGGACAGACUUACAGUGGUGGCCGGGAUUCAUUACCGCCAAGCGGUGGUGGUAGACACAGUUAUGGUAGCGGGACUGGCAGCGGCGGUCCGCGGGACAACUUCGGGAAUCGUGACUUUGGUCCGCCGCCGUUCUACAAUCCAAAUUUUGAGCACUGCGGCGGACCACCCAUGUUCGGCGCCCACGCGCCGCCACCGCCGUUCCGCAGCCGCAAUCCCCAGCACUUUCGCAACGAGCGGCUGCGUUUUCCGCCGCCACCACCGCCCGCCGAGCGACCGUUUAACUACACGGACGGCAGUGUCGGCUUCGAGCAGAGGCCGCCGUUUCCGCACAUAACGGACAGAUUCCCUCGGCCUAGACCACCUCCAUUGAACAUCCUGCCUCCCGGUGGUUCUUCUGUCGCGCCGCCAAAUGCAUUGGAUCCCAUGAACAUGCAGCAGCCGGUGCACAUGCACAACAGUCUACCUCCGGUCAACCUGUCAGAGGAUAUGACGCGAAACUACCACCAACCUCCUGAGCACAACGACCGUAUCGUGAGACCGGAUUCCGUGGCCGUGUCGCCUGCAAUCGCGUCACCUGCGGCUGCGUCGCCUACUACGCGACAGGACAAUGAUGACUGCGAUAUCUACUGCGAUAUCGAGCCACCGACCAAGCCCGAUUGCGAUGCACAGGAAGAGCUUCACAGUAAUGGCUCGAUGAUUCUGUUGCCGCCACCGGAGCCGCCGUCCGGUUUGUUGGAUUUCGAGGAGAACUCUAGAAGCGACAAGGAUGACAGCGAGCAAGAAUUGGUGAUCGACGACAGCCACAAGGAGGAAAUGCCAAGAGAUUUACCGGCAAGCGGCGACAAGUACGAUCCGUUCGCGGCCGACAGUGAUAGCAACGACGAUUCCGCUCCGAUGAAAGCAGCGCUGGAGAAGGCAGCAGGAUCACGGAACAGCUUGGACAGUUGUAACAUACCUAUGCCAAUUGCGCCGCCGCUGGUGUCCGCGACUUAUCCUGCGAUGUCAGUGAUUGCCACGACAACGAUUCAAGGCAGGGAGCGCCCGCAGGAGCCCAUUCGGCUCACCGCGUACGAUGAUGAAGAUGACAAUGACUCGCAGUCGGACUGCCCUAAUUUUUCCAUCUACUCAUCGCAGACCAUGGACGUGGCUAGGCAUACGGAACAGGAGUUGUCACAGCAGCUUGGACCACUACAACCGCCACCGAUACCGCCCAACAUCCCUGAUGACGAUGAUAUCAUCGUGGGAGACGUUCAAGCCUGCGAUCUACCAGAUGUGCCACCUGAACCGGCCGACCCGUAUCUUGAGGCGUUACAGAAGGAGCGACAAACUCUGAGUAAGAUACCGCCGAAAAAAAUCUCGCACGACUCGCAUCGCGGCAAGAUCACCUUCAAGAUCGGCAACAAACUGAGGCUUAACAAUCGGUUGAGUGGCCUGCACUCAGACGAUUAUUCGCAGAACACGAGUUUUCUUCAGAAAAGAAUGAUGACGGCACCGAUCGAUACGCAGCAAGAACGAGAUAGCGACAAGGGUGUCAGUUCGUCAAAGUCAGCAAUAGAAUCUACAACCAUACGAUCAAUAGCGUUGAACCAAUUCAUGAAAAUUGGAUCACGAUUUGCCGGAGAAGAAGAAGAAGAGGGAGAAGAAGGAGAAGAAGAAAAGAACACUGAACUCAUUCCAGUGAGCCCACAGAAGAAAGAGCCGCUCAAACUGGCUAGUCGGGACGAAAGCAAAGAGUUUCGUUCAGAGAGCUCAUCGGAUGAAGAAACUACGAAGGUGGACGAAAAACCGAAACAUGUCGACGCGUCACCCAGUAUGAAAGAAGAGGAGGACAGCGAAGGAGAAGUGUUACGAUCGGCGGUGGCGAGCCUGACGUCACCCGAGAACGUCGCGGUUGCGGAAAGCACAGUGUCAUCCUCUCUCGAUGUAUCCCGGCUGUCGCCGAGGAAAUUGGACGGCAGCGAGCUGAGCGUGGAGUGCAGUUCGGAGGACUUGGAAGACGGUAGCACGGCGAGCAAGACCGCAUUGUCGCGCUCGAAGACUAGAUUGCGAGACGAGGCGGAUGCGCACAACGACUCGCGAGAAUCGAGUAGCGACGACGAUGACGACGAGCGUUCGCUGAGUGGUCAUAAACUUUCCACGGCGGAUCGCGACGACAAAGACGAUAAAGCGUCGAGCGACAAUGAGGAUCCAAAUUCGUCGGACCAGCGGCAUGAGAAGGAUAGCUUCUCGACGGUGGACGACGAAGCGGAGCAGUUCCCGAUUGAGAAGGACAAGCUGGACGAACCGCCUGUGCUUGCCACUUCCAUCGAUAACAAUUGGGACUCGGACGGUGCUUAUACACCCUGCAAGGACGAGUUGCCUGUGAGGGACGAGAAUAUGCUGGAGCGAUGUACAGCGCCGUUUGAAGCCGGCUUGGAGCCUAUCACCCCGACGAAGGACAAGACGAAUGACGAUCUGGACGACUGCAGGUCACCGAGUGGUUAUGCCGAGCUGGGCACUGAGGCUAUCUCCGAAACCGAUGAGGCGAUAAAUUUCGAGGAGGAAUUGAACGCCUUGUUGUUACGAAAAGAGAAAGAGAUGGAAGACGGUGAGAUAUUAGAUGAGAGCAAACUGGACACGAAGGAGCGUGAAAAAUUAAAGGAUGAGAAAGAAGACGAUAGCAAGAAGAAGAGGAAGAAGGACAAGAAGGAAAAGAGCAAGGAGAGCACGGAGAAAAAUAAGGAGAACAUUUCGUCGGAUAAUCUGGUCGCGUGGAAGAAACUUUCAAAGAGCACGAAGGAGAGGUCAUACCGCGAUAAAGACAAACGAUCCAAGUCGAAAGAGAAGGAGAAAGAAAAGGAUAAAGAUAAGUUUUUUAGAAAGAAGACAAAGGAAAUUGGGAAGAAGAAAGAGAAAAGGAAAGAGUUGCCGCGAUAUGACGUGAGAAAGAUCGUGGCCGAUAAGCCGAGAAAGGAUGAGUACGGUAGAGAUAUCAGGGAGAAGUCAGGGAGAAGCAGAUCCAGAAGUCGUUCGUCAAACAAGAUUCAGUCAGGCUCAAAGGAUCGACGGAGUCGAUCGUAUUCGAAGGGACGGUCGAAGAGCAGAUCCCAUCUCCGAUUGUCCUGGUCGAGAGAUCGCGGCCAAUCGUAUUCCAAAUCGUGCCGUUCCAAUUCGCGCAGGAGAUCGUCGUCGCGUACCAGGCGCAAGUCGCGAAGGCGAUCCAUGUCACGUAGACGAUCUCUGUCGAGGCGGCAUUCCAUCUCUCGCAGGCGAUCGCGUUCGCGAUCACUGUCGCGCAAGCGGCGAUCGCUAUCGCCUAGGAGACGGACCAGGCGAUCCUUGUCGAGAUCGCGCGACAAGCGAAAGGACAAAACAAAGAAGUACAAGUCGCGCAGUCGCUCGAGGAACCGCAAGAGAUCGCGCAGCAAAUCGCCAAAGAGGAUGUCGUCCAAGACGCACGAGAAGAAGCACGGCAAGAGAAAGGCGCACAGUCGGUCGCGGUCGAAAGGCAGAUCGAUCUCACGAGAGCGAGAUCGCAACAGAAACUGGGAUCAGCUGAAUGAGAAAAGCGUGGAGCAGGAGCAGCAGUUCCCACGUGAGCGCGAGGAGCACGAGCGUUCGUGGAGCGCACAAUGGACGCCGUCUUGGUCGCGUUCGAGAUCGAAGACCCCACCGCACAUCCAGCAAGAACCUAUCGGCUCGCGGAAUUGGUCCCCGCCGUCCGUGCUGGACAGCGUAUCGCCAAAGAAUCUGACUGUUAUAUUGACAAAUAAAGAGGCGAUAAAGAAGAAGAAGAAGGAACGCCGGAAAGAGAGCCGGAAGUCCAAGGAGGCGGAGAAACGGCGGAAGAGCAAGCGCAACAGGACUCCGCCACCGUCGAAAGAGGUGUUUGCCAGUGGUGAUAAUAUAUUAGUUAGCGUAUGUUUCAAUAAAGACAACGAGAUAAAUCCCCCAGCUACACCGGAAUUACCCCCAACUAUUCCGUUGUCACCACCGAUAAAACGUCGACGAAGAGAGUCCGUUCAGACGGAAACGGCGCCUUCCGCGAAACGAUCGAAGAAGGAGAAAACGAAGGACAAGCGGUCCAAAUCGCCGAAGGUGAAGAAGGACAAAAAGAAGAAGUCCAAGGCGGCGGAGAUCGCAGCGACGAAGAAGCCCGUAGCUGUGAUCGAUCUGGAUCAGUCGCCGUUCCGCGAGCAAACUCCAUCGCCCCGUGACGUUAUAGUCCUGAGCGACGACGAUGACAAGCAGGCGCAGGAGGCGCUCGCCGCGUCGCCGGAGCAAUGUCCACCGUCGCAGACAUCGCCGCCGCGCGAGCAGUUUGUUUCGCAGGGCCCGAAGACCCCGCCGGAGCCGCAGAUCAAAUUCUCUAUAAAUAAGCAACCCAGCAAUCUCAGACCGUCCCUGAUAAAUCCACUGUUGGAGGAGGAAGAAGAGGAGGAAGAGGAGGAGGAGAUGAUGGAUGAGCGGGCAGAGGAGGAGCUAGAGAUGCGGGCUCAGGAGGAGCUGGAGCUGCGUCUCAAGAUUGGUCCCAACACUCCUCCCGAACCGCCAACGUCUCCGCCAACCUCGCCGGACGCUUACGAUCCCUUCGAUCCGACUAAGUCCCGUUCUCCAACGCCGGAUGCUAGCCAGGAAGCCACGCCAAACGACGAGCGUGAUCGAGUGCAGCGCAGCUCGCCUAGGAAACACGACGGACCUGCGGACCCUCCGUUGCCGUUGGACGAGCCCAGUCAACAGCAGGAACAACCCAGUCAGGAGAAGCCGAUAGAAAAGCCAAAGAUAAUAUCGAUGGUGACUAUCAAGAGACCGUCGCCGCAGAGAGACGUUUCCGCGUCUCCCGUACCGGAGAGCCAGACCGACAUAGCCCAGUCGUGCGGCAGCAGUCCGCCCAAGACCCAGCAGAAUCCGCAAAACGUGCAAUCAACCGCCAAUCCGUUUAGCACCAUUAAUCCUGUGCUGGCGACAGUGGCGGCCGCGGUGCAAAGAAGCUUCAACGCCAGCACGCCUAACACCACGCAAAGGACCCUGUUGCAGCCCAAUCGCAUCUCGCCGAGCAAUCAGAUAAAGCAACGUACAAACGACAGACCGCAGCUUCCUAAUGUAUUUACGAAUUCUGCGAAAUCGUCCACCAUGGCACGAUCUUCCAAAUCCAUCCAGAGUAAGAACAGCUCGACGGUAGGGCAGAACGGUAACGAUGCGACCAUAGAUAUGACGAACGACAAUGUCGUCGACAUGUCGUCUCCUUAUUCACCGGGAUCGACCUUGAGCGAUGGCCUGUUCGAUCCGCCUAGUCCCGCAAACUUUAAUAACUCGCCCGUUGCAAACGCACCACCGCCUGCUGCUGCUAAAACUAACACGCCGAAAGUUAACAAAAGCACGGAAAAGAAAGACGCGUUUGACGCGCUGUUCGGUGGAAUACUGCCGCCCAUUAAAACUGCCACCAAAAGCAGAAGUAAAAAGGUCGCCAAGGAGAAGACGAAGAAGUCUACCAAUCCUAAGGUUGGCGUACGCAUGGACGAAAAUCAGCUUCAAAUCUUGGACGAUCUUCCUAGCUCUGCUGUAGAAAUGCAAGUUAAAGACAAGUUUCUUAAGAAAUUAAACCGACAAGAGAGAGUUGUAGAGGAAGUAAAAUUAGUUCUCAAACCCCAUUAUACCAAAAAGCACAUCACAAAAGAGGAAUACAAAGAUAUCAUGCGCAAAGCAGUACCUAAGAUAUGCCAUAAUAAAACUGGCGAGAUUAAUCCUAAAAAGAUAGCCCAUCUAAUAGAAGCGUAUGUAAAGAAAUGUCGAAACAACAAGAAGAAGACUUCUGCUCCCAAGAUAACAAAACCUGCGAAGACUCUAUGGAGUUGAUCACGUGUUGGCAAUCCUAACGCAUUAGAAACUUCUUCAACAUUAGGCCUCUCUUUAGACCACGCGUAAAACACAUCUAUCUUCUGGAUGGUAAGUGAAUGAGAAGUAUGCAUACACACACACACACACACACAUAUAUAUAUAUAUAUACAUGUGUGUGCGUGCAUGUGUGCGUGCGUGCGUGUGUGCGCAUAUAUCUAUACAUAUACAUCUAUCAAUGAACGAAACAUGUAUUGUGUGUACAUACAUAAUUCAUUAAUUGUAUAAGCGUAAUAUUUUUAUUUAUCUAAUUGUUCAAAUACGAAAGAAUAAGAGUUCGUGAUUGCUAUUAUUAUUCACAAAUAUUAACGUCUAGACACGUUCGCGCGUACACAUUUAUGCGCGUAUUCGCGAAGGCGCUCGACAAUGUACGGCUUCUGUUCGAAAUAUACGUCCGUACAUUAUUGCGACGCCCCUUAAAACGAGUUCGGAUCACGAUCAACGAUCCUCUGCUAAGCUAACUAGCAAAUAUAUACUGUACGAUAAUAUAACAUUAGAGUGAUUGUGUAAUUAAAAAAAAAGAAAUGGAUAACAAAAGAACGCUCAAGUAAUUCGAGUCGCUAUGAGGGAGAAAUCAGAUCGCAGCAGGUGUAUUUUCCCUGCAACUUGUGCUGUAAGAUUAGUAGAGAUCUUUAAAUUAGAUUAGUAGAUUCUUAAACUUUUAUAUAAACGAAAAUGGCCUGUGAGAUCUUUUUCAUACAAAUACAUUUCCAUAAUAAGCAGGAUUCGCAGUACUUUGUUUUACUCUACAUAAAACAGAGGAUAAAACGGCACACACACACACACACACACAUUUCUGAUCAGCGACUUCAGAUGUAAAUAAAUCAUGUAUAAAAUUGCCGAAUAUUGUUCCUGUAUGUGAAAUUGAUUUAAGUUUGCGUUUUAUUAUGCGUUUGCUUAUGACUCCGUGUCUGUACGCCUGAUAUACAAAACAGGUUUUUACAUCCCGAUGCCAUGAGAGAACAUCAAUUUUUAUUCACAAUCCGUUCCGCACUUAUGCGUUUUCAGAAAAAGAGGAAUACUCACUGUCUUAUGAAUACCGUAACUCGUAUUCAUGUCUCGCCUUUAGCGCUAAAUACGGCUCAUAAUUCACACAUGAUAUGCUUCUGUUGUGUAUGUGUAUAUACAUACAUAUAUGUAUAUGAUAUAUGAUAGCAUUACAUAUAUGUGAUCUUGAUAAUUUGUUUGGGAUGAUAAUAAUACAGAAUUAGAUAAUCUCGUAGAAUAGAGGAUAAGCGAGACGUGGAUGUAUGUUACUUGUAAGAAGGCAGGACGAUCGCUGCGGAAAUAGGUUUCAUUUUUCCGGAGGUACUCAAUGUUCCAAAGUGCAGAAUGUAUAACGUGUCGAAACAACAGUGUAUAAUCAAUUUACGCAGUGUAAUCACAAGUGCAAGUGAGUCACAUCUGCAAUGAAAUAAUCGUAAACAACUUUUGCAUACCUAGGAUACAAGCGUGUUCGUUUUAAGCGUCAUAGGUAUUUUUUCAACCGUUAAGAGCAUGACAGAAAAUUAAUGCUAAAACAAUAUCCCAAGGAUAACGUUCGUCUGACUUCAUAUUUCUAAUGGCACGCUGUGGAAAUUCUAAUUUCGGGAUAUAUUGUUCAUAUAAAUACAUACGUAUUGUCUGCAACUAAUAAGUGAAUAUUGUAGCUGCCAUAUAAAAUUCUGUUGUACAUUUUACGAUCAGACAUUGUAAUGCUCACAUCGUACGGAAAUACACUAAGUGUGGAUAGGUUUUAUACUUUUUACGCAUGAUAGCUGAAAUUACAUCCUCUUUGGAACGUAUACAGGUACUUAUACAUAUAUAUACAUAUAUAUAUCGAAAACGUACAGCACUGGCCGAGGUGAAUUUAAGCAAAACACGUGACGAUCCGUAUCAUAAAGUAUAUCAUCAGUGAUCACAUCGAUAUUCAUAAUGUAAUGAUUGCAUCGAUGAUCAUUACGCCAGUAAAAUGAUGUUAAAUCCAUCGUUAAUUGAACUGUCGUUAAUUCUUGUGUGCAUGAACUCUCUUUUGUACUAAAUAGCAAUGUACAUAAACGAAAGGAGAAUAAAGAGUUUAAUAUUAUCGAA